AUGGCUACCGGUCAGAAGAAUGUUAUCACCCUAAGUGAUGGAGGAUAUUCGAAUGUACUCAUCGCAAUCGACAGAAAAGUGCCCGAGAACAUGACCAUCAUCGAAAAUCUCAAAACUAUGUUUACAUCAGCAUCCCAGCGUCUCUACGAUGCAAGUAGGAAUCACGUCUACUGGAAACACAUCAAGAUCCUUGUUCCAAACACAUGGUCCAUCCAGAACCAGUACAGUGUUGCUACUACCGAAUCGUCAAGAUCUGCUAAUAUCAUCGUCCACGACUUCCCUGAUGACGAACCGUACGUCGACAACCCAGAAGGUUGCGGAAAGGGAGCUCUGAAUCUGAUGCACCUGACACCAAACUAUAUUCUGAAUGAGCAGUAUAGACACGCGAAGUUUGGAAAUACAAGUAACGUCUUAGUACGAAGCUGGGGGUACCUCCGUUGGGGAUUGUUCCCGGAAAACUACGUUGGCAAAGGGGUCGAUUCCCCUUUCUACAACAAUUCCGGCAAUAGAGUGCUCCAAGAAGAAACUGGGACCCGGUGCUCUCUCGAAGUAGUAGGAUUCUGCGAGGAGAAGGAUGAUAACGUGGAGAAAGGGAACUGGCACAACACCAAGGCUGCAAACCUAAUGAACCACAUGUGUGGUGGAGACAGUGCAUGGAAGGUCAUGAAAGAACAAAAAGAAGACUUCCCGGAUGAUGUCCCAAUAGUUUUGAACACCAAACCUGAGUUUGAAAUCCUACAAGUUUCUAUGGUCAGAAGUGUCGUCCUUGUGCUUGACAUCAGUGGUAGUAUGGGAGGGGAUCGAUUUAAUCGAAUGAUCCAGGCUUGUACUGAUUACAUCUUAUAUGUAAUUCCCGUAGGCAGCAAGCUCGGAAUUGUAGUUUUCGAAAGUUUAUCUGAAAUAAAAGAGAAUCUCCUUGAUAUUACUGAUGGGGCUUCACGUCAAAGACUAGUUGAUCACUUACCAAGUUACGCAAGUGGCGGAACGUGCAUCGGAUGCGGUAUCUUAAAAGGCAUAGAGGUACUUGGCUCAUUUUCAAAAGGUGGAUACAUCUUACUUUUAAGUGAUGGCGGUGAAAAUGCAUCUCCAUACAUCAGAGACACAAUCGAUCAAAUUGAGAACGCAGGUGUUAUCAUUGAUACGGUAACCAUAAGUAACUCGGCUGAUCAGCAGAUGGAGGACUUGUCCAGGAACACCUCUGGCAGGUCCAGUUUCUGUCUUGAUACCGGGACCGGAAACUGUUUAAUCCAACAGUUCCAGGAUACAGUAUCGACCAGACCGGAUGUGGGCGUCGGAAAACAUCUCAUCCAGAUUUACAAUUCCGAGGUCAAGAUAGAGCCCGAUCCUGGCUUUCAUGUGAUUUAUCCGGUAGUCAUCGACGACGCUCUGGGAGAUGAAACGGUCAUCACAGUGGCAUGGACAGAGGAUAAUUCAAUACAAGUCCUGCUCAUUGGGCCAGACGACACUUAUGUUGACCAUACCGAUCCUCGCUAUCACAUUGAUACACUUACAAAAAUUGUGUCGAUCAAUUUACCAAAGGCGCAGGUAAAAUGCCAUUAA